GUGAGCUCUCUUUUAGCAGGGACCUUUCAUCCUGUGCUCUGCGCACCUGGCCACUGGUCCUGGACAGGGGACGAGAGGAGAAACAGGCGUGGUGCGGUGAGAACACAACUAGGGAGAUAAAGAUGGCAUAGGAAGGACGAUCCACUGCCCACAGGACAGACACAGCACCCGGAGAAUCCCCGCAUUCCCGCGGGGGAAUCCCCCCCCCCGCCCCGACCUCUCUCCAGCUUGAUUUCAAAAGUUGCGAAACUACUGAGGGCGUCCGGAGAGCAACUGCCCCAGGUCCGGGCGCUCAUCCCGAGGCCCCGAGACCCCGAGGCCGCAGAACCGCGGGGUGGGGUGGAGGGGCUGUCUCCAAACGAGCGGGAACAGAAAACCGAAACCAAAACCCGUCAGCCAGCUCCCGCCGCGCCGCCCGCGCUCCGCUAGCUCUGGGCCCCGCCGGCCGCCGAGGGCGCGUCUCUCUUCCGCCAUGGCAUCAGUUUUGAAGGUCAAGGAAUCCGAAGCUUCUGAAAGAACAAUUGUAGUUGCUGGUCUUCCAGUUUGUUCCGUUAAUGAUCAGUCGCUGACCGUAUUAGUGAAGAGUCACUUUCAAGAUAUUGAGAAUGAGGGUGGAGUUGUUGAAGAUGUGAUAUAUCCAACAAGAACCAAGGGAGUUGCAUAUGUAACAUUCAAAGAAAAAAAAGUUGCAGAGAAUGUCAUCAGAAAAGAGAAACACUAUCUAGCAGAGAUGGUCAGACCCGCUCAACUCACCGUCUCCCAUUUUAGUGAAAAGGUCUUCAGCUCUGUAAAUGCUGUCCUUGAUCUUUCUGUUUUUCGGAGUCAAAUUGGUCUGAGAAGUCUGGUAAUGGACCUGAAAAGGGAAAUCCCAGCUUUAUGCUUCAGUCCUUUGGAAGCCAAUGGAAGAAUCUCCGUUCAAGGAUCAUUUCUGGCUAUCAAGAAGCUCAAAGAGUCUUUGCUAUUAAAAGCAAGUUCUCUUUUAGAAAAAAACAGGAAUAGACAGAGCCCCAGAGGGAGUACAUGGAAAAGUAGUCACUCUUUAAAGCCACCCAGGUCCUCAACACCUGAGACUAUGAGAAGAGGAGAAAGGCUUGUUCUCGACACAGAUAUUUUCCUUUACCUGAAAAAGACGAGCGGAUUUUAUGAAAGCACACUGAAAAAAUUUCAUGCUGUAUGUCAAGAGACAGUGGAUGGUGAAAUUACCACACUUUGUAUAAGGAAUGCUCAAGGUGGUUCUCAGCCAAACAAUGAAAAACAGGUAAAAGAGCUCAUUGAGAAAUAUUCACAUGCUCUUCACUUCGAGCUUAGAAAGGAGACAUUUAUUUUGGAAGGAAAGGAAAAUAGAGAGAAAAGAAAUAUUAAGCUGGCAUGUAAGCAACUAAGUUCAAGGUACCUUCAGGUUCUGGUUAAUUUUUAUCAUACGCACAUUGACAUUAUAGGAUCUUCUUCUGACACGUACUUGUUUAAAAAAGAGGUCAUGAAAUUAAUAAGGCAGAAAGUUAGGUAAUAAAAUCCUCAGCAAUAGUAAUAAGAACGGCUGCUGCCUUCCCUUACUGAGCAGUGGUGAUGUCAUGAGUGAUCCCAGCUUUACAGACAUUAUCUCAUUUAAUUCUUUUUUUUUUUUUUUUUUGGCUGCACCGCACAGCUUGCGGGAUCUUAGUUUCCCAACCAGGGGUCAAACCUGGGCCCCCUGCCGUGGAAGUGUGGAGUCCUAACCACUGGAUGCCAGGGAAUUCCCUAUCUCAUUUAAUUCUUGUGAACAUCUUUCAUCACAGGCAUUUCCAUCCUCAUGUUAUAGGGGAAGAAACUAGGAUUUGAAUAGGUGAAACACUUGUCUGAAGUUAUCUACCUGCCCAUCAGCAGGAGUUAAACCCAAAGAUAAUAUCUAAGGUAUAAAACUUCAAAAAUUAUAAAACUAAAUUUAAAGAAACUUCACUUUCUCUGCAACCCCAAAUUCUUAGAAAAAAGAGGUAGCCUUCAUUCUAACAUAUAAGAAGUUUGGAUGAUUAUUAUGCCAUUGGCAAUUUCUUAACAUUUACAAAAUUUGCGUUUACUCCAAAUAGAAUUAGAAUCUUAGCAAAACUCACUUGAGAAGAUACUUACAUGGUAUUUCUGAUGCAGGUAGUCAUUACUUGACCAAAUCCCAUAUUAGUAUAAGGCUACUGGACAUACAGAACAUUUUUACUGCUGCUUACUUAGUCUAAGUACUUACAUAAAAUGUUGGUUCUCCUGUUGGAAUUAUGAAGGGAGUAUAGUGUCUAUUUUAUAAUUGUAUUGUAAAAUUAAUAGCAUUUCAGGAAUAAGAUCAUGGAUAAUAAGAAUAAUAGCAAACACUUACUUGCUAGGCAUAAUUUUAAGUGUAUUACAUAUCUUUACUCAUUCAGUCCUGACAGCAGCCCUGUGAGGUAGGUGCUAUCUUUAUCCCCCUUUCACACAUGAGGAGACUGGUGCCUAGUGAUGUAAUAUAACUUGCCCAUGGCUCUGAUUACCGAACGGUGCUUCUCCCUUUUGUAGUCUCUCACAAUUCUACUUAAACAAUUGAGAAAUGUUUCCUUAAAGAUGACAGAAGGAUUUGAAAAUUCUUUACUGAAGGGUAGCCAGAGCUUGUAAGUCAUUUGGUUGUCUGUGACUGACCUGCAUUUAACUUAGCAUUAAGCCAAUUUUAAGUACCGGGGACACUGCAGAGACCCUCCCAGGAUAAUAAAAUGAUACAUCUUGCUCAUCUCAAAGUAAACAAACAUGGUUACGAUGAUUUGAACUGUUUAUAUCAGUAGAAAAGCAUAAGAAAAAUCUAUAUGCUUUCAUUUUUCUUAGCUACCUAAAUCCCAAAUAUGUAAAUGAUUUCUAUUUCUUUAAAUAUGUUAUUUCAUUUCUGUAUGGCUAAACUUUUUGCAUGGGAAAAUUCUCUUUAUAUGAAGUGUCCAAUAAGGUAUCUUUAAAAAGGUGUUUGACUUUCAUUUUGCUUCUAAGGGUUUGUCUCAGUCUGGGUCCAGUUGGGAGAGAGAAGGCACACAGUAAUUUGAACAGGGAAACUUUAAUAUAAAGAAUUAUUAACUAUGACGGGAUUGGAAUAAUGAGGGAUUGGCUCAUAAACAGAGAAAACUCUACCAGAUAAUAGGAGUAACAGAUAUAAGGAGUAGUUUAGACAGAGCACCCAGGGAAAACCUCCCCCACCCACCCUACAGCUCCGAACUUAGAUCCAGACUUUGCCAUAGGGUUUGUGCCAGGGAAUCUUGCUGGAGAUCCAUCCUCUAGGGUACUGGAGGAAUCUGUUUAGAAGGUGUCUCUCCAGCGACCCUCCAUUACAACAUGCCUGAGGGGAUUUCUGGGGGGAGCUGCUGGUGGCCGGGUGCCGCUGGCCAUUUGGUACUAUGGGCGCUCAGUGCUGGGGAGGCCUUGGGUUUGGGCGUUGGACACUGGAGCAGCUGCCCAUGCUGCACGAGCCUGCUGCUGGAGAAGCUGCGUAUGGGGGACCCUUGCUCUGCCGGGGACCUGGAUUCUGAGGAGCCUGCCAAUUGAACACACUGAAGGAGGAACAAGGCUCUUUCCUCCUGCAGUGCCUCUCCAGCGCCCUCUACUGAGAAAGCUUAAUAUCUUGCCAGCUACAAAGGAAGGAUAAAGGGCCCAAUUUGUUUUUACUGAGUAGACAUAUAGGAUGAAUUUAUAGCUGAGUCAAUAAAUUGAUAACUGGCAGUUAUAUUUGAUACCUACCAAGGCUUUCAUUAUUACCACAAAUUUAAUACCAAUAGAAUAGUCUUUCAGGGACUUCCUUGGUGGCGCAGUGGUUGAGAAUCCACCUGCCGGGCUUCCCUGGUGGCGCAGUGGUUGAGAGUUUGCCUGCCGAUGUAGGGGACACGGGUUCGUGCCUCGGUCCGGGAAGAUCCCACAUGCCAUGGAGCGGCUGGGCCUGUGAGCCAUGGCCGCUGAGCCUGCGCGUCCGGAGCCUGUGCUCCGCAACGGCAGAGGCCACAAUAGUGAGGCCCACGUACAGCAAAAAAAAAAAAAAAAAAAAAAGAAUCCACCUGCCAAUGCCGGGGACACAGGUUCGACCCCUGGUCCAGGAAGAUCCUACGUGCUGUGGAGCAACUAAGCCCGUGUGCCACAACUACUGAGCCUGCGCUCUAGAGCCUGUGAACCACAACUACUGAGCCCGUGUGCCACAGCUAUUGAAGCCUGCGUGCCUAGAGCCCGUGUUCUGCAACAAGAGAAGUCACCGCAAUGAGAAGCCGUCACACUGCAACAAAGAGUAGCCCCUGCUCACCGCAACUAGAGAAAGCUCGCACAAAGUAACGAAGACCCAACGCAGUCAAAAAUAAAUAAAUAAAUAAAUGAAAAAAAAAUCCUAUUAAAAAAAUAGUCUUUCAAGAAAGAGCUGGAUCAGAAUACUGAGGCUCAUUCCUUGACUGGAUAGACACUGAAUGCUAAUUGGUUUAUGGGUAUGAAUAUAGCAUCUUCUGCUUGAGAAGAUUAUAUAAUUCAGGUGUUUUACAUAUUGCUGGCCAUUUUAGAGUUCAUUUAACAGCACUGUCCUUAUAAUAUGCUAGUCAUGUAACCAAUUUCUAUCCUUAAUAAAAACUGACAUUUUAAUUUUCAAAA